UGCGCCAUCAGCGAGGAGGGACAAGGGAGGGUGGGAGUAGACAUUAGCCAUUACUCUAUUUUACAGUCAGAACAGCCGUUAUUAAGUUUUUCCACGAUAUAAACUCCUAACAUUAACAUUUCUUUUACUUAUUUUAAAAAUAAUAUAUUUUUUAAAAAAUAAUUUUGACAAGUUCAGGAGUUUCAUAAUAGUAAAAAUAAAAAAGUUAGCUAGUUUUUGACUUGCUGCUAGCUUGUUUGAAAACACUGAUGACGUAUCGCUUAAUCAUGUCCAAACUAAUGAACAGCUUAAUUAGUUGUCCAAUUAGAUGCCUAAAAACUCAAAUUUAUUUUUUUUAUUUCAUAUUUAUAAUUAUAUAUUAUUUUUUAGUUUUGACAGGCAGAGUGGACACUCAAAAACAACUCUUCCACACUCCCCCCGUUUUUUUUUUUUUUUUUUAACCGCAGUUGGAAGCUUCAGUGGAAGAAAGCUUUAAGUGGAGGAGGAGGAGGCAGUUCCAUUGUCUGGCCAGUCAAGGGGUGGGGAGAAAGGCUGUAUGCAGAUGUGCUGCUGGCAACGGACAUCUGCUCUACCCCCGUGGGCAUUGUCACAACAGGCAGGGGAACUUGUGUGGAGCUACAGAGGGGAGGGAAAAAAAGGCUUUUGUUAGUUCUGUGCAGGCCAGAUCACAGUGCCUGUAUGUCAGAUGAUCUCAAAAUCCCUCCUUUGAUUUAUAGAUUAUGUGUUUUAGCUUAUUUUCUUUCUUUUUUUUAAGUGGUUGGAGUUGAACUUCCUUUCCUGUCUUUGUGCCCAGUUUGGGUUUAGGUAUGCUCAUGGCAAAUGCAUCACAGACAGCAUUGCAACUCACAUGGCAGCUCUGAUCGUAGCAUUUGAUGUAUCACUAAAGAGGGGAAUGGCAUAAAAAAACCAAAAAAGCUAAAUUAAAGCUGAUGUCUGCACAGCUUAUGUAAGCUAUCUGUGCACUCGUAAGUCUUGGUGCUGUGUUUGUCUCGAAAAUCCGGCGUCUCAUUUGCCUCAGCAGAUAUUCCCUGGUGGCUGGAGGAGUCAGUGUGCUGUGUUUAUGAACAUGAUUUGUGCUUGUAGGGUGCAGCGUUGUACAUGGCUGAUCUGCCGCACUGAGUUUGCGUAGGAACGCAUUAGUGUGCCUCUGCUGUAUUUAUACCGGGCUGGAGAGGCAACCUGGGGAACAAGCGCACCAAAGCAAGGAGAAAUAAUGGAUUCUGAGAGCACAGGUGUAACGCAGCAAGUUAAGCUUGGAGGACUUCGAGGAGGACUGGAAGACAGACGGCAGAGGGUUUGAAACUGUGACAGGAUGGCUCUGAUUGAUAAACACAAAGUGAAACGACAGCGACUAGACAGGAUCUGUGAGGGUAUUCGGCCCCAGAUUAUGAAUGGGCCUAUGCACCCGCGCCCCCUUGUGGCGCUGCUGGAUGGACGCGACUGCACUGUGGAGAUGCCCAUCCUCAAAGACCUGGCCACCGUGGCUUUCUGUGACGCCCAGUCCACUCAGGAGAUCCACGAAAAGGUGCUGAACGAGGCCGUGGGGGCCAUGAUGUACCACACCAUCACCUUAACCAGGGAGGACCUGGAGAAGUUCAAGGCGCUGCGCAUCAUCAUCCGCAUUGGCAGCGGCUACGACAACAUCGACAUCAAGGCUGCCGGGGAGCUCGGCAUCGCAGUGUGUAAUAUUCCCUCAGCGGCAGUAGAGGAAACGGCAGACUCGACACUUUGUCACAUCCUUAACUUGUACAGGAGGAACACCUGGCUGUACCAGGCCCUCCGGGAGGGCACCCGGGUCCAGAGCGUGGAGCAGAUCCGGGAGGUGGCGUCCGGGGCGGCGAGGAUCCGAGGAGAGACGCUGGGCCUUAUCGGAUUUGGCCGCACGGGUCAGGCCGUGGCCAUGCGGGCCAAAGCUUUCGGCUUCAACGUCAUCUUCUACGACCCCUACCUCCAGGACGGCUUGGAGCGCUCGCUGGGGGUCCAGAGAGUGUACACGCUGCAGGACCUGCUGUACCAGAGCGACUGCGUCUCCCUGCACUGCAACCUGAACGAACACAACCACCACCUCAUCAACGACUUCACCAUCAAACAGAUGCGCCAGGGUGCGUUUCUGGUCAACUCUGCACGAGGAGGACUGGUGGAUGAGAAGGCGCUGGCUCAGGCGCUCAAAGAAGGCCGGAUACGAGGCGCGGCGCUGGACGUCCACGAGUCCGAGCCCUUUAGUUUUUCUCAAGGUCCCCUCAAAGAUGCCCCCAACUUGAUCUGCACCCCCCACACGGCGUGGUACAGCGAGCAGGCGUCGCUGGAGAUGAGGGAAGCCGCCGCCACAGAAAUCCGCAGAGCCAUAACGGGACGCAUUCCUGACAGCCUGAGAAACUGUGUAAACAAAGAGUUCUUCGUUACCACGGCGCCCUGGGGGAUGAUGGAGCAGCAGCAGCCUCAGGUUCACCCAGAAAUCAACGGCGCCGCCUACAGAUUCCCCCCUGGCGUGAUGGGCGUGGCCCCCGGCGGGGUUCCCGGACCGAUGGAGGGGUUGGUGCCCGGGGGGGUGCCCAUCGCCCACACUCUGCCCCCUGGCACCCAUCCUUCACAGGCCACCUCCCCCAACCAACUCUCCAAACACGGCGACCCCAUGAGGGAGCACAUGACUGAGCCGUAGAGCUGCUGCAGCCGGGGCGGGGGCCCGAACCGGGGUCAGCCGAGGCCGUCAAACCCAUCCGACCGUGCGCUGGACUUCAGCGAACUGGGACACGUUUCACUCUUCAUUUGGGAAGCGAGGACGGUGGAUGUGGGACGCGAUCGACCAGCGAACUGACGCACAGAAGAUCGGGAAUGGCUCCUCCCACCACAUUUGUUUUUCCUCCUCACAGACUACAGUGACUUUUGUUUGGCAUAUAUUUUAGAAAACUCCUCCUGACCUCUGGGACAUGUUGCCAGGAUCACGGCACAGGACGGAAACGUCAAAGGACAACAUGUGAAGCCUCUUUUUUUUCCUUCUUUUUUCCGCACAAACUCGUCUCGUGUAAACUUUUUUCUUUUUUUUCCUCCAACUCUUGUGUUUAUUCUGUUUUGUGUUUGAGUUUUUAUGGAUUUUAGUGUGUGACAGUGAACAGGUUUACAGUUUCAGCUUCAGGACAUCUGGAUUUCAUUCUUUUUACUCACUUAUUUUGGGCUCCAUGAUGCUAGCAGAUGAGAAGGACGAGAAUCGAGACGGUAAAAACUAAAUAAAAUAAAUAAAAAGAUCCAAAACUUAGUGAAAUAUUUUCCAUCAGAGUGUGACAGAUUAACCAAACUACCUGUGGUGUUUCGUUAUUGUCACUUCCAAAGGACCUUGAUUACAUGCCAGCAAGAAGCUUGUGGGAUAUGAAAACAUCUGAAAAAUAAAUCUAUUUUUGGCUCAGGAAAACUGAAAAAGGGAAGAAAAAAAGUCUGCUUUCAAGUC